GUAUCUGAUUCAUUCACACCUGUUUACGAGGUAACAGGUAGUUUAAUCUGCGAGUAUUGUCACGACAAAAUAUAACUCGUAUCACAACAUAUGUGGGCUUAUUUAAAGUGCUUUAAUUUCAAAGCACAAUACAUCUGCUAGUAUAUUAUGUGUUUUAUGAAAACUCUCCACGCGUAAACCGUAAUAAGUAUAAUUCUAUCCAAGGAUUUUUUAAUCAAAUGGACCCCUGUAAAGUAGAAGGUAAUGAUGAUGGAAGGAAGCGUAAUAUACGUGAACAGAAUGGAAACCCAACGGGAGCUUCGAUGGGGUUUCUUGAACGAUUUCUUAUGUCAUAUCUUUGGACUGGACCUGCGAAGGAGGAUGUCACAUCCCUUGCAUGUGUUAAUACCGUGUAUCUGUUGUUCGUCUUUUGGUUCGUCAUGAUUACAAGCUUAUUGUACACCCCCCCGGUUAAACAUGAACUAGAACUCGAGCUGACGAACUGUAAAAAAGAGUCCGAGGCGGGCACGAUCUCUGGCUGCGAUGGACUGGAAUCUACGGAUAGAAGAAUUGACAUUAUUACUGUUAGAAUUGGUUUCACGUUAGAAAUAUUGUUCAUGAGUUUGUUGUUAGCGAGUGCUCUCUACACACCCCCCUGGAAGAUCCAUCAGGGAUUUUGGCUGGUUAAAAUUCUUCUUUUCCUGAUUGUAUUACCAUUGAGCUUCGUGAUUCCAGGAGGCUGGUUUGACCAGAUGUGGGGUAUGCUAUCGUUUUUUGGAAGUUUGAUGUUUUAUGGAAUUGAAGCCAUCCUCAUUUUAGACUUGUCGACAGCGAUUAGUGACUUUUUCGUCUUCAAAAUCACAGAAGAACGCUCAAGACUGUGGUAUUGCCUCUGGUUGCUUAUUAUCUGGGGAAUAUACAUAAUCGCGGCUGCUUCCACUUUUAUUUUGUACGCAUUCUACGGCGAUAACUGUGGUUUAAACGCUGUCCUUAUUUCCAUCAUGUUCAUACUUUCCACUUUAUUUUCUUUAAUCACUGCGUACUUCAGUGGAAAGCGAACUGGAUUCCUGCAUUCGGGCCUGGGAAUUUUAUUCGUCUUACUUCUGACGCUGGUAACUUUGAAUCACGGACGUUUUUGUCGUGCUGAAGGUGAUAAAACGGACACGAGAAGUGGGGAUGAGUUACCUACGAUCAUUCUAAAAAGUUUGGAAAUUAUUCUCGGUUUUUUUCUCAUAAUCUACGCUGUUCUACGAAAUUUCAGAAAGAAAUAUUAUUACGUUUGUGGGACGACAGUUUCGCGGGAUUUCCGCGCGAAAGACGAUCGUUUAGUAGAAGUGGAAAGUUUUGACGCGGAACAACAAGAAACGGAAAUUCUUGUCUUCAACAUUUGUGCUUUUUUCUCAAUUUUUGUUGGUUUUGUAUUCUUCGUGACGACAAAAUUAACGUUACUCAAGCAAGGCGAAGUCCUUGGACUAUUUACAGUCCAUACAUUUGCAUUUCAUAUGAGAUCUUUAACUAUUAUCAUGAUUUUAAUAAUGAUGAUAUGGAGUCAAAUAUUUCCAGUUGUUCCAGUUGUCUAUCCAAAUGAAAAUCCGUAUGAUCUGUUGGCGCUUGCCAAAACAUUCUUCAAAUCGCAGUUGACGCUUUCUCGAAGGAUUUUGAUUGACGGUAGUCGCUGCUGUAAUGGCCCCGUUGCAUCAAGGUACAUUUACACGGUACUUUAUAUCCUGGGAGUAUUAUUCUCCGGUUUGCUUUUUGUACCGGAAGUGCGUCACCGCCUUAGUAAGAGUACUUAUUUCUGUUCAACCGUAAGCACUCGUGGGGUCUGCUUGAACACCGACCCAGCGUACAUGGCCGUAUAUCGCGUUUGUUUUGCUAUGGCAGUUUUUUUUCUACUCUUUGCCGUCGUCCUUGUUUGCGUGAACAACACGCCACGCACACGCAAGGAUAGCACGCAUGCGCAUGGCCAACUGGUGGACGACUCGCGAGACACAGCCGUGGAAAAAAACAGCAACGACUUUCACGUGAAUAGCACACAAGACCCACGCGUGGAUCUUCAGUACAAAGCGUGGCCCGUGAAAAUCUGCUUAUUCUGCAGUUUGUUACUGGCUAGUUUUCUGUUACCCAACGAGUUCAGUCUGGUUUGGAUUUACGUGUCUCUCACAGGAACAUUUCUGUUCACCAUACUGCAACUGAUCUUACUAAUAUACUGGACCAAAUAUACUAGGAGAACUUUAGAAGAAAAGGUUGUGAAAUCAUAUUCCAAAUUUUGGUCAACAUUACUGACUUUUGGAACAGUUAUUAUGAUUUUUGUCUCCCUUGGCGCAGUGGUGACGUUUUUCGUGUUUUUCUCAAAACGUUGUUUCACAAACACAAUAUUUAUAACGUUGAACCUCGUCUUAGCCGUUGCAGCUUCACUGAUCUCUAUACACCCAAAGAUUUAUGAUGCUGGCUUAUUCCAGUGUUUUAUCAUCAUUAUUUUCUCGCUUUACCUAACAUGGUCUGGUUUAUCGCAUAACCCGGAUGAGAAGUGCAACCCGGUUGCUGGCUACAUUGCUGAAGUCGACAUGCGGCCUAACCUUAAUAUUCAGGCUGGCUUAGAUCUGCUCUUAACGUUUGUCACAGUAUUAUUCUUUAGUGUCAAAGUACCUGAAAUAAGCCAGAACGUUAAAGACGUUUCUAAAAUGUUCGUCGAUUUUUUAAGUGGCCAGAAGAGUUCGCGAAACUGUGCGGAAAGUUCAUCGACUAUUUCGGCCAUGGAAUGCGAAACCAAAUCUGAUUUCCAAGAAUAUAAUUUUUCCUUGUUUCAUACCGUGUAUUUCUUGGCUUCACUUCAUGCUACUGUUAUUCUGACGAAUUGGUUCAUACCUACACCUGGUUCUCGUUUUAAGUUGUCUGUCAAUUGGGCCGCGAUGUGCGUUAAAAUGACGACCAGUAAUCUAUCAUUAUUUAUAUAUGUUUGCCUCAUGGUAGCACCAUUUUUGACAAAGUAGACAGACCUAAAAAAACUUAGAAAAACUUUUAUGAUGUAGCCCAACUGCCACUUAAUAUGAAAUAAGGAUACCCCCCAAGCCUGCGUUUUUACAUCUGUGUUAUAUUUUUUUGGGAGAGACAAGUGGAAUUUUAAAGAAAUUUCCACUGACACAGCUCAAUAUUUAGCCUACAUUUAAAAAAACGUCAUUCAUUAUGAGAAGAGGGAAUAGCCACAAGGUCACGACAAUGGCCUCGCAACUGGCAAGUUGGUGGUUCGAAUCUUGCAUGUUUACAUCACGACCCGAAUUAAUGAAAAGAUUUAGCAUAGAUAAAAAAACAAACCUGUGAAUCACAAGAUCUCUCUUGGUCCAGUUUUUGAGGCAAUGGCCUCGCAACGUUUAAGUCGGUGUUUUGAAUCCUCGAAGGAAUGUUUUUCAUUAUGAUCGUAAAAAGAAUUGAAAUAAAAUAAAUCAAGGCAGCCCUGAACAUCAAGCGCAAAACACUUUACUUUUAUGAAACAUACUUUUAAACGCUAUGUCCAAAAAGAAGUUGCAAAUUCUUACUUGAUUUCAAUGUCUCCAAAAAAAAGGAUUAAAUGAAAUAAAAAACUGUCGUCCUUCACUACCAGCAGCAGUGUUCGAGUGAGUUAGGACAGUGGUUAGUCCGUAGGCGGUAGUUCAAGCCCUUUCACUGUCAUAAAAAUAAGUUGCGACACUUUUUUCUCCAGAUUCAUUUUCGGACUCAAAUUUUCCUCAAACUUGGUUGGUUUUUGCAACAUUGAAAUUGUCUUACCUCUUACCAUUUUGGUCAAUUUUCACGACUUUUUCAACUGUUCAAAAACUGUCUUAAAAUGCUAAAAAUUUCUUCCUAAGACUAAUAUCUUUCAUUUUUGAGCAUAUUUGGUUGGUUUUUUGAACACUAAAAAAGUCCUAAAUUUUGACCAAAAUGGUAAGCCUUGCCCC